UUUGUAGUAUAAGUAAUUAAAAAAUAUUUAUAUUUUUAAUUUUUUAGUUAUGUUAAAGAGACGUUACCUUGCAAGCAAUUUUGGUAUACCGUAAUUUUGUAUUUUAAAAAUGCAUUUUUCAAUACCAGACACGCAAGAAUUGAAAGAAGCCAAUGGAUCUACAUUUAUUGGAUACAACAUUCAUAUUAAUGGUGCUUUCCAUUGUACUCUUCGAUAUAAGCAAAUGCACAACUUAAAUGAGCAAUUAAAAAAGGAAUUUGCUAAUGAUUAUCUUCCACCUUUUCCACCCAAAAAGUUACUCCCCCUUACAUCUGGACAAUUAGAAGAAAGGCGGAUUUUAUUAGAAAAAUACAUUCAAACAGUUGGCCAAGAUUCCAAAUUUGUGUCUUCCGAACUACUAUGUGGAUUUUUCUUAUCCGCACAGCAGGAGAGUUCACGAAAACGUGAAACAUAUGUAAAUUUAAAAAUUUAUACGUUUAAUUAUUACCCAGUUAAAACUAGAAUUAGAAUUACGACAUCAUCAUUUGAUAGCACUGAAAAAGUAUUGAUAAAAACAUUGAAACAGAUCAAUUUACCAAUAGAAUAUAACCAGUAUUUUUCACUUUACCUCAUAAAAAUAGAAAAUUCAAGUGAUAUUGUAGUUGUGAGGAAAUUAUUUGAUUUUGAGUCCCCAUAUUUGACACAACAAGUUUUAAGGAGUCCUACUAAAAUAGUCAUAAGGAAGAGUUAUUGGGACACAAUUUAUGACAAUGAAAUUAUGAAAGAUCCUGUAGCUCUGAAUUUGCUGUACAAACAAAUAUUAUCAGAAAUUGAGAGAGGAAGCAUACACACAACGCCUCCUAUUAAAGUACAACUAGAAAAACUUAAAUUAAGAUUAGCAAAGAAAGAAUACAUUUUGUUUGCUCAAAAACAAAAAGACUACGGCUUCAUGCAAUUUGCUCAAUGCUACAGUGAUUUUCCGAAGCCACAGACUAAAGUAUCAGUUGCAAUAGGUGACAAGGAAUUGCGCAUCCGUCUUCUAGACCAAUUUCUGUAUGCAGAGGAUGCUUUUAAAGUUACUAGAAUGAGGUGCUGGAGAAUAACUACAACAAAUAAUAAAAGUCCAAUACAUUUAGAAAAUGGACAUUCAACUCAGGUUCCAUCAAAUUUAGAAUUAUCAUUCGAAUACCUCAAGUCUAAAGACAAAUUAGAAUGGAUUACCAUUAACAGCGAUCAAGCAAUAUUGAUGUCCGUUUGUCUUCGAUCUUUAGUUGAAGAACUACUUAUGAAAAAGAAUGGAUUCAAGAAACCGAACAGUUUCAAGUCGAGUAGAAAAUGGACAUAUAUGAAAAGAGAUGGAACUUGCCAGUGUAUUACCAUUAAUAACGAUUUAAAUAAUUCUGAUGAUCAAGGAAGUCAAAGUGACCACAGCUACGCAGCACAAGAACCAUUUUCAAUGAAAACUCUGCAAGAAAAUUUUUCGAGUGUUUUGUUUAAAAAUGGUAGAGAAUUUAUUGAGAACCAUGCCUUUGAAGGAAUAGGUGACGAAGAUUUAUAGUUUUAGUUAUAUACUUGGGGUGCAUAUUCUAAUAAAAAAAUACAGUCCAGCCAGCGGGAUUUUGAUUGGUCAUUCAGAGGACAAUCAAAAUUGCGAUGAUAUGUACCUACUCUAUAAUUUCCGUUGGAACAUUCCCAUUCUACCGGGUCAUCAAAAAAAAAAAGAUAAAUCGAAGAUGACUAUGACUUUUUGAACUAUUCACUAUUAUGCUUUUUUCUUCUAUCAAAAAGGCAUGUUCUUUAAGCAAAAAUCUUCUGAUCAAUAAAGAAACAAUAAUGCUGUAAGUUUCUGUAAUCAAAGCACUCUUUGAUUUAGUUUUUUUUAUGAAGGCCUGGUAUUCUGAUAAACAAAUUUUUACAUGCUCAGUAUAUUAAUAAUAAUUAAUCUAGUUAUUUACUUAUUAAUGAAUAUUCUUGCCAAAAUAAUAUUAUAUUGUCAGUUAACUUUACUAUAUUUACCUAUGUAUUUGUUUGUAUGUAUGUUUGUUUAAACUUUAUUUUUUGUUGUCUGUUAAAUUUAAUGUUUACCUAUGCCAUCUUACUUUACCUUAAUUUUAAGGAUGUGUCCUCGCUACUCAAAACGGCACCUAUUUAUUGCUGUAAGGGGAGCACUCUCAGCAACUGAUACCUAAAAAACUUAAAUAUUUUAUCCAUUUAAGCAGACUAAACGUGAUAUCUUAUAAGGUAACUUCAUUGAGAAAUUUACGAGUACAAAAAUGAAGUAAACCACAAAUAUUGGUUUUGCUGAGCUAAUACCAAUAAAGUCAGUUGAAAUUGGCAAUAUUGAAUUCAAGUAAGCACCUAUUACUUUAUGAAUGUGUGCUGUAUCGAAGAAGCAAUAUUCGAUAAUAAAAUUCCUCUAGUUAAAUUCGGAUAGCGAUGUCGUCUAUAAAUAGCGCAUAGAGGUCAGUUUAAAUACAAAAUUUUUUGUGUAUGUUUCGAUAAGGAAUAAGUCAAUUUUUUCAAUAAAAGUUGUUAAGCUGGAUUCAGAGCUGCUGUAACGUAAGACUUGCCAGAAUUUGUAAAGUGAGUUUUAGUGGACCCGGAAUCCGUGAUAGCAUAAAUUACCUUGAAAGACUAUAUUUUAAAGAAAAGAUUUCAAUUUAGUCUUGUUUCCUUAUUUUUUACUUACAUCCCGAAUAACAUAGUCACCAGUAAUUUUUUUUAACUUUUUUUUGCCAAAAGUACUGCUGUGAUUUGAAACAUGAAAUGCAAUAUCUGUGUUCACUAUUAAAAAAAAUCACAGUUAAUUCAUGUUUUUUAACAAUCACAAAGUUAACUGAACUGAGAACGGGGAAAACAAUAAGGUGAAACCUCCCGCUUUUUUAAAAUUUUCUAUUGGGCUUGGCUCGAAAAAACAUGCUGGACAGUAUAAUUUUUAAUUAGCUAACUACUUUUAUAAAGUACCUUGCUGCACGCGUUAUUCUGCAAGGCAGUAGCAGCCUGAUUGAAUACCGCUUUUGACAUCGGAGGCUCGUCCUAAUAUUAAGGUCCCUUACUAGUUUAAUUCUUGACUGCAUAUGACCUCAAAAAUCAAAAAAGUAUUUUCUGUUUUGAAAAAUUUCAAUUAGCAGUAUUGGCGCUUUAAUUUAUGAGAAAUAUGCAGUAAAGUUUACUUUAGUUUAAAGAAUUCAUGGGAGGCAGCCCAUGAUACGAGGCAGCAAAUCUCACAAAUGUCUUUCACAUUUCUUUUAUAUAUAUAUAUUUAAUAUUAGGUACUCAUUUAAUUUCCAAUGAUUUGUAUAUUAUCUUAAGUACAUGACAAAAUCCAUCAAAAGUAAUCCAUCCAUUCCAGAAUAUGUAUGUAUUUUUUAAUAUUUUAUGGUAUUAAGGUGAUGUAAAUUAAUCAGGAAAUUAUAUCUGGAUGUUCUUAAUUUAUUAUAUUGAUUCUUAAAGCAGGUAAAGCGCUGUCCUAAGGAUAACAGGAGUAGCAGGAGUAGGAACGCGCGAUUCUGCAAUGAAACUAAAAGUGAAGCCAGUUUUUAGCAGAUGUUUGUAAACCAAAUGCCAGGUAAAGCAUUGAAUUAGCUAUACCGCCAUUAUUUUGGAUCUCAAAAUACCUGGAAAAAACGGAUUCAUUUUCCAACUUCAUGUUCCUACUCCUCCCACCUAGGAAAUUACCUGCUCUUAGUAUUGAUGAAAUAAACUGCUCAAUUUUUAUUUAAAAAACAAGGCUACAAUAUAAAAGCAGUAUAUUAAUUUGGUUCGGAUUUAUUUUCAGACAAACUAUAGAAAGUUAGUCAUGAAUUUUAUUUUGUGACUUUCAUAUUUUUAUAAUAUUUAUCUAUAUUAUGUACAAUGUAUUCCGUCAUUCCAAUGUUGUAUAACAUUCCCUUGAAACUUUGCUCUUGCCAAGUGGAUCAUUUAGUUUUUUUGUAUUUUUAUAAUAAUAAGAUUUUUCUACUACAGGUAUUCAUAUAGUACCUAGUGUAUUUUGGCAAAUUAUGUAAUAUAUGUAUAUUUUUAAUUUUAAUAAUGAGAUUUUUAU